UGAUAGUGAUGGCCACUGAGGAAGUCCGGGGUAUUUAAGCGCGAGAAAAUCGUGGGGUGCGGGGAGCGGUGACGGCGGCGGCUUAUGGUGGUGAUCGGAUCGUCCAGCCCAGCCACAGCCGUUCGGCAAUUGACUCGAUUGCCGACGCCUGCAGCGCGUGUUUCAAAGCCCGACGCGGCGAUCGCCCUUUGUCUCGUUUACACUUUCAGGUGAGUACAGCAUCGAAGCAAUUGCGAGUUGACGUACCAGUUCGUGCAUUCUCGUCGCACAGAACGUGUCCCAAUGAUAUCACACAGAUGGAGAGCGCAACGUUUCAUUACGUCAUACAUGCGAUAGGUGCCUGCCAUAUCGGAUUCUUCAUGGAGCCUGUGUAUCCGUUCACUUAUCGCAAAACAGCAAAUCUGAUCAGUUGACCUCCUCGAAUCACAGAUACAUACGGACAUGGACGGUCCUACUUUGCUGCCUGCAAUUCGUACACUGGCUGUUGGUUUGCUGGUACCUUUAGGUCUUAUCUGCACAUUCACGUACUGCACAACGCUCUACCGCUAUCACUGCGAUGUCCGCAGGGAACCGGAUGGUGAAGGGGAGUAUCCAACCGCCCGGAGUCCACCACUGAUACCGUACGCUAUCCCAAAGCUUGGUUCCACCAUCGGCUUCAGUAAUCAGACAGUCGGGAAAUUCUGGACUUGGCUCAGGGUUCAAGCAGAGCGCUACGGCCAGGGCGCCUUCUCCAUCGUACUUGCCGGACAGCGAACACACCUUAUCUAUUCCGAAGAUGGUCUCGCCGCGGUGUUUAGAAGCCGACAUCUUUCGCGUGCAGUGCUGGACCGACAGCUUGCCGUGAACGUGCUCGGCAUGUCAAAAGAAGAUUCUUUCAAAGCGUUCCCGGAUCGCACGAAUGAGAAAGAGAAGAUAACAACCGAACGACUCCAUUCAGACCACUUGCUGAGCUCUGCUGCGGUGAACACACUGACUGAAAAGUUUAUAGAAACAUUCCAGGCGCAGCUUGACGCGGACGCCAGUCUCACAGAUGGCCUGGACAUCAAUCUGUAUGAUUGGCUGUGGCAGCUUGUCUUUCGUGCUUCGACAACAGCACUUUGUGGAAGUACACUGCUUGAGAUGUACCCCGAUUUCGAUGUAGAUUAUCGUAUUUGGGAAGACAACCUGCUGGGCCUCCUCUUUGGUACACCGCGACUGUUCGCACGACAGGCGUACCGUGCUCGGGAUGCAUGCGUGGAGAAGAUGGAGAGGUGGUUGCAAGCGGGAUACCAACACCCCGUGAGAGAAGGGGAAGACCCCUCCUGGACACCCGACACCGGCGCUCGGAUUAUGCAUCGACGGCACGACCUCUACAAGCAGCGUGAGCUGAGUAUACACAGCCAGGCUGGAUGGGAUCUCAUUUUUCUGGCUGGCAUCUUGUCCAAUGCCACCCCGGCCGCUGGCUGGCUGCUGCUACAUAUACUUUCGCCCACAAGUGCACCCGACUUCCGCCAACGUAUUAUGCAGGAGUUGGAGUCGUGUAAGCGUUCCGAUGGUUACAUUGACAUCCCGGCUUUGACCCGGUUGCCGCUCCUUAAUUCCGCCUUCCACGAAGUGCUCCGGCUAUACGUCGAUCUGCUUGUCGUGCGGCAGGUUGACAGUUCGGUAGCACUCGGGACACACCACGUGAGGAAAGGCGAGCAGAUCAUGGCGCCUACCUGGAUGACUCAUCGGAAUCCAGUGUUCUUUGCUCGGCCCGAAGUUUUCAACCCGGAGCGCUUUACGACGACAAACUCGGUGACAGGAGAAUUAAGCUACAGCGCAACAGGCCUGGGUACCAACUACUUCCCUUUUGGAGGCGGCCACUACAUGUGCCCUGGGAGAGUUUUCGCCAAACAAGAAGUCCUUGGCAUUAUUGCGGUGCUGUUACUCAAUUUCGACAUUACGUUCACAAGAUUCAUGAAGCACACAAAGGGGGGGCUGACUGAAGGGGGCACAGAUGACUUUCCAACAAUCAAACCUGGCUUCGCUGGCAACCAGGUAGUCGGCAUCCAAGGUGACAUGCGGGUUCGCAUUAUCAGACGCCCGUUAGUGACAGGGUAA